AAUUAUUAAACCUCCUAAAGAAUUGGAAUUCAUUCCAACUGUUCCUUUCUUUAAAUACCUUUCAAUAUUAUUGAGUAAUGGAGGGCAGCAUGAAAUUCAAAAACUUAUUCGUGAAUCUGAUCCUAAUAAAAUUGGUUUAGUAAAAUAUCUUAGCUUUGAUUGGACAAUUCAUAUAACUGACAUCGAAUAUGCCAAAACAUUUCUCUCUGAGAAUGUACACACAAUUCAAAAGCUCGAAUUUCCUCCCAGAAGUUCAUUUAGUAUUGCCGUUGGAAAAGGAAUACUAUUUUUGAAUGGAAACCAUUGGUUGCAACAGCGAAAAAUAGCAUCAUCAGCAUUUAAUCAAAUACAUCGUCUUGAUUCGGUUGGAGAAUGCACAAAUGUGUUAAUAAAGUUGUUAAACAAAUGGACAGAUACUCCGAUAGAUUUGCAUUCAUUAACGAAACGUCUUGCUUUUCAAAUUUUAGGAAAAUUGGUUUUCACAUAUGAUAUGAAAGCACUGGAUAGUUUAGAAGAACAACCAUACUUUUUAAAAACAUUUAACAAGACUUUUCAACAUGCCAAUAAUCCAUUUUUUAUGAUAUUUCCAUUUUUAAAUUCACUUCCUCUUAAAAGAAAUUUUGAAUUUUUUUCAUCAAUUAAAGAUUUUGAUGAUUUCAUAUUUAAAAUAAUUGAACAACGAAGACAUGAAAUGUCUAAAGAAAAAAAUAAAAAUGAAAAUACUGAUUUAUUGGACGGAAUUUUAGAAGCUACUAACCAUGAAGGAGAUUAUUACACAAAUAAGGAAAUUAGAGAUAGUCUAGUUUCUUAUUUAAUGGCCGGGUAUGAUACAAAAUAUCCCGAUAUUCAAAAAAAAGCUAGAGAGGAAGUAAUUAAUGUUCUAGGAAGUGCUUCAAAUUUACCAACUUCUGAAAAUCUUAAG